AUGGGCUCCCAUCCCUUGUACACCGACGUACCCUUGGCUGUGAUACACACACCGCGUUACGAGACAAGCAAGACAGACCCCUUUACCGUUGAAGCGUCUAAAAUGGCUCUUAGCCAUAACGCGUUCAUCCGAGGGUUCAACAGCAUUUACCAGCAAGCCCCGCGCCUACUACCCGGGGACAAGUCUGACUUCGUCGGAUAUUGCAUCGCAUGGCACGACUGCGUUGAAGCGCAUCAUCGCUACGAGGAGGACCAUUUUUUCCCAAACGUCAACAAGGCCGCCGGCUUGACAGGACUCAUGGACAGCGCCGUGCACGAACAUGCCUCGUUUCACGAUGGCAUGGAACGAUUCAAGAGCUAUUUGCGGACAGAGGGUGUUGGCUUCUCGGCCACGGAGCUCCUCGCCAUCAUGGACUCGUUCAAAGAACCCCUUCACUCGCAUCUCAGGGCGGAGCCACCUCUGAUCGCCGCACUUGCCAAAUACAGCACUCAUGAUAAUCCAAUUGACAUUCUCGAAAUCGCCAACGCAGCUGCGAGAAAACAGAUCACCAUGAGCUUGGUCCUCAAUGUUCUUCCUGUAUUUUAUCUUAACAUGAACGAGGCUGAAUUUGAAGGGGGGAUGUGGCAGGGAGUUUUUCCUCAUUUGAAUGGUACAGGGACAUGGAUUGUGACCAAAGCUGUCCCUAUGUGGCACUCGAGGCGGUGGAGGUUUGCUAGCUGCUCGUCAGAGGGCCGUUUGAAACAGCUCGCUGUCUGA